GUUCGAAGACAUGUGACGCACCUUUCCGGAAGCAGCACGUUAGUCAUGUGACUGAGGUUGCGGGAAUUGUCUGGUUGGUUCAUUCAGAUACUUAAAGGAGCACACUGCUCCUGAUAACAGUCAUAGUGAUAUUGGCGGAACGGGAAAAUAACACCAGCAUUGCUAAACAGAUCCCUGCCUCCCUGGGUCUGCUUUGAAAACCUAUACAUGAAAUAUUUCAAGAGAGUUGGAAAUGCCCUGUAUUUGCAAAUGGUUAGAAUGGCCACUCCUGAUUAUGUUGUGCUCCAUACUGGCCAGAAGAUGCCCCUCAUUGGGUUGGGAACAUGGAAGAAUCCGCCUGGCGAGGUAAAAGAAGCUGUCUGGAAUGCUUUGAAGAUAGGUUACCAUCACAUAGACUGUGCUGCAGUAUACAACAAUGAAGUUAACAUUGGAGAGGCCUUUAAGGAGCAUGUUGGUGCUGAUAAGAUGGUAAAGCGUGAAGAACUUUUUGUGACCUCCAAAUUGUGGAACACUAAGCAUCAUCCUGAAGAUGUGGAAACUUCCUGUUGCAAAUCACUGCAAGACCUGAAGCUCACUUACCUGGAUUUGUACCUGAUUCACUGGCCUCAUGCUUUUGAACGAGGUGAUGACCCUUUUCCAAAGAAUCCUGAUGGCACAAUACGAUAUGCUUAUACCGAUUAUAAGGAAACUUGGAAAGCUAUGGAGGAGCUAGUGAAAAAGGGCUUGGUGAAAGCCAUUGGACUCUCAAAUUUCAACAGUCGACAGAUAGAUGAUAUACUUUCCAUAGCUACUAUCAAACCUGCAGUGUUGCAGGUUGAAUGUCAUCCAUAUCUUGCCCAGAAUGAGCUGAUUGCACAUUGCCAGAAGCGUGGGUUGGUGGUGACUGCAUACAGUCCUCUUGGUUCCUCUGAUCGGCAAUGGAAAGACCCGGAUGAGCCAUUGUUACUUGAUGAUGCAAACAUUAAAACACUAGCUGAUAAACAUGGGAAAUCAGCUGCUCAAAUUAUGCUCAGGUGGCAGGUACAGCGUGGGGUGGUAGCCAUUCCCAAGAGUGUCAAUCCAGCACGAAUUGCACAAAAUCUACAGGUGUUUGAUUUCACCUUGACUGAAGAUGAGAUGAAAAGAAUUGGAAAUCUCAGCAGAAACUGGCGUUACAUUGUUCCAAAAAUUAAAAUUGACGACAAAUUUGUGCCCAGAGAUGCACAGCAUCCCCAUUACCCUUUUAAUGAUCCAUAUUAAUGCCUACGGGAUCAGAUGCUUCUGCCUUGAUAUGUUUGUGCCAUUAUGCAAAAAUUAACUUCAUAUACCCAUUACUAUUGAGAUUUAAUCAUUCUUUUUAUGUAUAAAAAGGAAUGUUUGAAGAAUCUUCAGAAUAAAGCCACAUCUUGUAGCUUUUUAGAUUGUCAGCACAAUUUCUGUAGAAACUUCAAAUGCUUAAAUAAAAUAAUUGCUGGAGAAAAA